UACACAGCUGCGCACCCAACAACAGGAAGUUGGGAAUACAUAGCUAGCUGUAGACACGGCUUCUUCCCGUACCGUAGUUUCUAGUUAGGUAAGAGGAGAGAUGUACCGGUGGUCUGUUAUCUGUGUGUUUCUCUGCGUGCUGGGUCACUACGCAUCUGCGCAGGCGCAGCACAAGGAGAUCAGCAAACAGGCCUUCUCCAUCCACACAAAUGAAGUGCAAGAUUUGAAGCAGUGUUUGGAGUGCCUGAGUUUGGGAGAAGCGGUGCGAGCCGAGCUGGCCAAAAGCGACACCCAGCAGCUGAUAAUGAAACUGCUGGAGAAGGCAUGCAUGCUCUUGCCAGCAGCAGAAAGCUCUCAGUGCUUGAGUACUCUUGAUAACGUUGGCCCGAUGUUCAUGGCAUACCUGAUAGAGAAGCUGGAACCGUCGGCGGUGUGUAAGGACCUGGGGAUCUGUGAUGCUGCAGGAAGCGCACUGGCAAAGAAACACAGCAACAACUUCAAGGGCUCGAAUGUGACGAUUGAGUGCCAUCUGUGUGAGAUGUUGGUCAGCGCUGUGAAGGACGAGGUGGACAGUUAUCAGUGGUACAUCAAGGGCUUCAUGGAUGACUUCUGUGCGCGCCUGCCGGUCAUAGUGCAGACCGAGUGUCAGACAAUGGUGGAUGAGAAGUACCCGGAUGUCAUGAAGAUGCUGGACCAAAUCCUGGACCCUCAAGUCGCCUGUACCUUCCUCAAGGCGUGCCAGUAAAACAAUGGAGACACUUGCUAAAUACGGUAAA